AUGGCGGACGACACGACCUACGCACCAAAGUCGCCGGACCUCUCUUCUUUUUUCUCGGCAGCACCCGCCCCGCCUACACCUCCACUGCACACUCACAGUCUGCAGCACUACCAGCAACAACUGAGCAAGCUCCAAACCUCUCCGUCUCCGUCUGCGUCUGCUGCACCACCGCCCGUAUAUGAAUACUCCUCCCCCUCAGCACGCAUUCACCACCCAAGCCAGUCAUCUUCUACUCCUGUUCACAUCAAACAAGAGCAGCCCCACUUCCCAUCACCAGCGGUAAUCAAAACGGAAUUCUCUUCCUAUCAGCCACCGCUACAACCCCACCACCACCAAGGUCAGCACCAGCACCAGUACCAACCGCUUCAGCAACAACAGCAGCAGGAGCAGCACCAACACCACCAACAUUACCUAUCUCCUCAAUACCACCACCAGUCACCGCCACACAACCACCCAUCUCCGCAAUAUCCCCCACCACAUAUGCAAAGCGCCUAUGGGAUACAGCCCGUUCUCAACUACCAGGAACAGCAAGCUCAUCAGCCCAAAACACCUCAAAGCCACGGAUUUCUAGACCAAAAAAACUUUGGCGGAGCACCCCAAUUACACGAUAUCCCCUACAACCCAGAUACACAACAUCUACCACAAACACCAGCUUCAGCAACUAUGCCUCCCAGAAAGAACACAAAGCAGGCUGACUCGCCACCUCCGAUUGACCCAUCACCCGUUCGGACAAAGUUCCCCACAGCCAGGAUAAAGCGUAUCAUGCAGGCUGAUGAGGAGGUUGGCAAGGUCGCCCAGCAGACUCCCAUUGCUGUUGGCAAGGCUCUCGAGAUGUUCAUGAUUGCUGUUGUCAGCCGAAGUGCCGAAAUCGCACGGGAGAAGAACUCCAAGCGUGUCACGGCUCAGAUGCUCAAGCAAGUCAUCGAGACAGAUGGCCAGUAUGACUUCUUGGCCGACAUUGCUGCAAAGGUUGGCGACGAAGAGAAGAGAGGUGGCCGCUCCAAGGCUGAGUCGUCAAGCGACGAGGAAAUGGAAGUUGAGACGAAGAAGAAGGGCAAGGGCGGCCGUAAGAAGAAGGCCGCUGCAUGA